UCAUUCACUUGCUCUCAGUCUCAUUAUUCUGAUUAGCAGUUAGAGCACAGUGCUAAGACGAAAAGCAACGAGAAUGGGUUCUUGGUCUAACGUUUUGCUAAUGUGCGGACUUGUCAUGGUGGCACUGCUGAAUGGAACUACUGGACAUGAGAUUCACAACCUGACCGAAGCUGUACACACUCUGCAAAUACAUCAUGGGUUAACAGACACAAAAUGGGUGGGAAAAGCUGUUUUCACUCCAUACUUGGGCAAAGUAGAGGACACCUGCACUUGUGAGAAGCUGGUGCUUCUGCGUAUGCUGAAUGGUUACAUGGACAUCUUUUCGGACAUGUUGAAAAAGGCCAAAACUGUUGAGACUGAGACUAGUCUGAAAGAACUCCAGGAAAGUGUGAAAGAACUGAAAAACAAAUACAAUAACGAACAGGCAGUGUGGAAACAACUUCAUGAGAUUAACACUGUAAAGAAAGACGACAGCACGAUCCAAGGUGGAGCAGUGAACGACUUUAUCUCUGUGUACGAUAAGGCCUUUGUAGUUGCACAACAUUCCAAGAAGACCCCAUUGCUACUCAAGCAUUUUCUGCAACGUUAGGAGACCUCUGAGUAGAGCACGAGACAAAUCUGUUUGAGUCAUUUAGUCUAGUUCCUCUGUGUUAUUUAUCAAACUUUAUUUAACCAUUAAUUACAAUAUUAAUUUAACGUAUUUAUUUUCAUGACACAAUCCAAUAUACCUGUAAAAUGUAACUUAUUUUGCUGUGCAAUUCAGUUUACAGUUUUGCAUGUUUGGUCAAUGACUUCAUCAACCAUAUGUGCGACUCAUGUAUCAGUACAAUAAAUCACUAACUUUUACAUUAA